AGUGCUAUAUUAAUUCUAAACAAAUGGCAUAAAACAAGCUUAAUCCCUAACCCGACGGUUCAACAAUUACCCGGCACUAAAUCCGGACCCGACCCAUAUGCUUACUUUCACAAGACACAGAAAAACGUAUGAAAACCUGCAGAACAUUGGAUUUUUCUAAACACUGUUGCGUUAUAUCAUUUCGGACUUGACAAUUGUAAUCAGUGAUUAAUGAUUCAAGAAAUGCAGAAAGCUAUAGGUGCUUACAGGGAAGUGUUGAGGCUAGUUAGGCGACUUCCGAAAGACACAAGGGGUUAUUACGCUAAAUACGCUCGAGAAAACUUCGUCAAUUAUAGAGAAAUCGACUCAAAUGAUCCACAUGCUGUCCAAGAACUCCUUCAACGAACUUAUAACCAUUCCAUUUGGGUCCUUAAAAAGUAUUCGGUGGACCAAUCUGCAGCUGAUCGCUUGAAGAGUAUAUGGUCUGCGUGAUGGUUCGUUUUGCCUACCAACUGUUUGUUAUUUUUCCGCAAAGAGCUUUUCUUUUGUUUGUUUCUCUUUCUUUCUUCCUUGUACUUUAAUUUUGCAAUAAACACUUGGUAUACCGUUUUCGGAUACUUCAGAGUUCCGAAUCUUUGUUCCUGUUUAUUCGUGGUUUAUCAGUUCGGGCUAUUUGAGGAGCGAACUUACUGCUUUUUGAUC